AUGUACCAUAAUUUUUUCUAUGGUAUACAUAAGACAUUAUUUGGUUCAGUUGUUGGUGGUGCUACUGGUGCGUGUUCACAAAUAAUUGGUAUAUUUGGAAAGAGUUUGGCUACAUUAUCAUCUGAUGACAAUUAUAGAGUUUCCCGUAUAUCAUUUUUCGGUUUACAUAAAAUUCAUCGCAAAAUUGAAUAUGAAGAACUAAAAAAAACAAUUGUAAAAUUAGAUAUGGCUGAAACACAAAUUCCUACAAAAGUAGUUUAA